CUCACCCCCAAAGUCGCAAUAUCGGGUAUCGCCGCCGGCAUUGAAUCGCCUUCUCCGCUAGCAUCGACUACUGCUGCUCUGCUCUCGUUGCCAGCGCUGCUCCCUAGAAUUUUGACCAGGGGACGAGCCCGACAUUAAAGCAACUCCCUCGCCUCGAGACGACUCGGAUCGCACGAAAUUCUCCCAAUCGCCGACAGUUCCUACUCCUCUUCCUCCCGCACGGCUGUCGCGCUUCCAACGUCAUUCGCACAGCAGAAUUGUGCCAUCUCUCUCUUUUUUUUCCCCCCCUCUAAACCGCCACAACGGCACCCUAAGGGUUAAACUAUCCAACCAGCCGCAGCCUCAGCCUCUCUCAGCCUCAUCAGCCAUGGCACCACACCCGACGCUCAAGGCCACCUUCGCGGCCAGGAGCGAGACGGCGACGCACCCGCUGACGGCUUACCUGUUCAAGCUCAUGGACCUCAAGGCGUCCAACCUGUGCCUGAGCGCCGACGUGCCGACAGCGCGCGAGCUGCUGUACCUGGCCGACAAGAUUGGCCCGUCGAUUGUCGUGCUCAAGACGCACUACGACAUGGUCUCGGGCUGGGACUUCCACCCGGAGACGGGCACGGGAGCCCAGCUGGCGUCGCUGGCGCGCAAGCACGGCUUCCUCAUCUUCGAGGACCGCAAGUUUGGCGACAUUGGCCACACCGUCGAGCUGCAGUACACGGGCGGGUCGGCGCGCAUCAUCGACUGGGCGCACAUUGUCAACGUCAACAUGGUGCCCGGCAAGGCGUCGGUGGCCUCGCUGGCCCAGGGCGCCAAGCGCUGGCUCGAGCGCUACCCCUGCGAGGUCAAGACGUCCGUCACCGUCGGCACGCCCACCAUGGACUCGUUUGACGACGACGCCGACUCCAGGGACGCCGAGCCCGCCGGCGCCGUCAACGGCAUGGGCUCCAUUGGCGUCCUGGACAAGCCCAUCUACUCGAACCGGUCCGGCGACGGCCGCAAGGGCAGCAUCGUCUCCAUCACCACCGUCACCCAGCAGUACGAGUCCGUCUCCUCGCCCCGGUUAACAAAGGCCAUCGCCGAGGGCGACGAGUCGCUCUUCCCGGGCAUCGAGGAGGCGCCGCUGAGCCGCGGCCUCCUGAUCCUCGCCCAAAUGUCCAGCCAGGGCAACUUCAUGAACAAGGAGUACACGCAGGCCUGCGUCGAGGCCGCCCGGGAGCACAAGGACUUUGUCAUGGGCUUCAUCUCGCAGGAGACGCUCAACACCGAGCCCGACGAUGCCUUUAUCCACAUGACGCCCGGCUGCCAGCUGCCCCCCGAAGACGAGGACCAGCAGACCAACGGAUCGGUCGGUGGAGACGGCCAGGGCCAGCAGUACAACACGCCGCACAAGCUGAUUGGCAUCGCCGGCAGCGACAUUGCCAUUGUGGGCCGGGGCAUCCUCAAGGCCUCAGACCCCGUAGAGGAGGCAGAGCGGUACCGAUCAGCAGCGUGGAAAGCCUACACCGAGAGGCUGCUGCGAUAG